AUGAAGCUCCCCAUUGAAGCUCCCCUCAAAGCUCCCAUGAAGCUCCCCAUUGAGCCCCCAGUGAAGCCCUCAUUGAAGCUCCCCAGGAAGCCCUCAGUGAACUCCCCAGUGAAGCUCUCUGUGAACUCCCCAUUGAAGCCCUCAGUGAAGUCCCCAGUGAACUCCCCCAUUGAAGCUCCCUCAUUGAACUCCCCAUUGAAGCCCCCAGUGAAGCUCCCCAGUGAACCUCACUCCUCAGUGAACUCCUCAGUGAACUCCUCAUUGAAGCCCUCAGUGAACUCCUCAUUGAAGCCCUCAGUGAACUCCCUCAUUGAAGCUCUCUGUGAACUCCCCUCAUUGAAGCCCCUCAUGAACCCCUCAUUGAACCUCAGUGAACUCCCCAGUGAAAUCCUCAUUGAAGCUCCCUCACCCUCAGUGAACCCUCAUUGGCUCUCAGAACCCCCAUUCUCAGUGAACUCCCCCAUUGAAGCUCCCCGUGAACUCCCCAUUGAAGUUUCACUCCCCAGUGAACUCCCUUCAUUGAAGCCCCUCAGUGAACUCCUCAUUGAAGCUCCCUCAGUGAACUCCCUCAUUGAAGCCUCCUCAGUGAACUCCCUCAUUGAAGCUUCCUCGGUGAACUCCCCAUUGAAGCUCCUCUGUGAACUCCCCAUUGAAGCUCCUCAGUGA